GCAGCGACCGUUACCUCUCCCGGGAUCAAUCCGAGCAGUUACGCAACAGCUCUCGCCUAAUCGAUUACUCGGGAUGUGUAGUCACGCGGUUCAACUUGGCCGGUGCUGACGCAAGCGAGAAGACUACAGCUCCCGACAGACGUAGCGGCUCGCGGCUCCACUAGUUACACACCGGAGUGUAGUUGGCUCGACUUGGAAAAACCCGCUCAUGAUCCAGUUCAUUAAUAGAUGAACCGCUCGGCGCCAUGGCGGAAUCUGCAGCCUGCCCGGCUUUCCAGCUCGGAAGACCCCGGUACGACCAGGGUUCCUUCCUCGGUCGCCUGAGACACUUCAUAGACAUCAUUGACCCCGGCACCCUGUUUGUGUCUGAGAAACGGUUGAAAGAAUGCAUCAGCCUCCUCGAUGAUUAUAAACAUGGCACGCUUCCACCUGGAGUGUCUGAUCUUCAGCUGUGGGAAGCCCAGAAGAUCAAGCAGGCCAUCAUUCAUCCUGACACAGGAGAGAAGAUCUUCAUGCCAUUUCGAAUGUCAGGUUACGUACCAUUUGGAACACCGAUUGUCAUUGGCCUUCUUCUCCCAAAUCAGACUGUGGUGUCUACCAUUAUAUGGCAGUGGCUGAAUCAGAGUCACAAUGCUUGUGUGAACUAUGCCAACCGCAACGCCACAAAGCCUACGCCAACAUCCAGGUUUCUUCAAGGCUAUGUAGGAGCUGUGACGAGUGCUGUCUCUAUUGCUGUGGGGCUGAAUGUGCUGAUUCAGAAGGCCAACAAAUUGAGCCCUGCCACCAGAAUGAUAAUACAGAGAUUUGUCCCCUUCCCAGCUGUAGCCAGUGCAAACAUCUGUAACGUGGGUCUGAUGAGACACAACGAGCUGUCUGAAGGUAUCGAUGUGCUGGACAACAACGGGAAUGUGGUGGGAUCCUCCAAAAUCGCUGCAAGGCAUGCAAUCACGGAGACGGCCUUCACACGUGUGGUCCUGCCGAUGCCGAUCUUUGUCCUGCCCCCAGUCAUCAUGUCCUACCUAGAGAGGCUGCGAUUCCUGCAGAGAAACCGCAGAUUGUUGCUGCCCAUCCACAGCGUUGUGUGCCUGGUUACCUUCGGCCUCUCCCUGCCUCUGGCCAUCAGCCUGUUCCCACAGAUGUCUCAGAUUGAGGUGUCUCGCCUCGAGCCGGAGAUCGCCAUGGCAACAGAUUGCAAGGUGGUGACCUACAACAAGGGUUUAUGAUGGACGGCGUGGUGUGAGAGAGGGGAGGACAGGGAACGAGGACGGAAAUGAGGCUGAAUAUCGGUGGGGGAGAACCCUCUGUAGGGUUCGUCCUGUCGACAGGUCUGGGAACUAUCUGCUGCAGCACCAUAGCAGAGCCUGUAGAUCGUCGUGUACUAACCCAGGGUUUCUACACCUUUUUCUUUCUUCCACUUCUCGUGAUCGUAGCAAUUACUGAGCCAUGGUUUCUUCUGAGCUUGAAAAUGGGACAGAUUUUUCUGUCCUCGCUGUUUUCAAGAAAAAUGAAACAGCUUUGUAUAUAGAAAUUAUAAUAUAUUUACAGUAAAAUCAGGGUUUUGGCAUGAUUUUAAUUAUUUUAAUAUAUACAAUACAAUGUUUCCCACCAACGUAUAGUUAUGGCUGCUUAAGUAUAUUUUGAGCCAUUGUAAGAAUGAAAAAUGUUCAUAAGUGCAGUUUAAACCUGCAGUAACUGACCUUUUGUCCACUUGGGGGCAGUGGGAACAAGCUGUAAACAUAACACUGUCAUAGAAUCACCUUCUGAUGUGGCGAACCUUUCGAUAUUGCAAACUUGUCAGCAAACAGUUGCCUUUUCACACAUCCAGCAGAUAUGGAGCAACUUCAUUUAUUUGGAGUUUUUGGCCACCUUAUGAAUUGAAGUCCAGAAGUCAGUCUUUUUUUUUUUUUGUGUCCAUCAACUUCUGAGAGAAACAUCUGGUUCUUCAGCUGCUAAAUACGCCGCUGUAUGUAGCAAUACUCCGCUGCAACAGUUAGCUAGUCGCUAAGUGUUUCUGUCUGUUAUUUACCGCUGGGCAGGCAGAGCACAGUGGGUCUAUCAGAGCUUCUUUGCUGAAAGCAGCUGGCAGAAACUAUGCCGAUGAGAGCGGUGAGACUGAACCGAAACAAUGAAGUUGUGGGCUGGGAAACGAAAAAAACAAACAAAAAAACAGUGAGUUGAAAAAGGCUAUACAGGUCUGUAGAGCUGAGGGCAACUGCAGAGUUGGGUUGACACAACUCUUUUCACGUACAAGUAACCAUGUGAUCCACUGUUAAUAUAAGAACAUUGAUCUGAGUUGCUUUUAAUACUGUCCAUAAAGCUUAACAUGACCAGACUCGUCCCGAGGAACAGUGCACGUAUACCGCAAGCGACUUCCCCUUUUGUCAACUCAACGAGAAUGACGACACGUGCUUCGCCUCGCUCACGCCAGCCUGAGCAGCCGAUGGUCACGGGAAGCGAGGGGGCGGCUGUGUCGUCAACACGCCAAGAUUGGGUUACUAAACAGGAGCCUGUCCACAGGUUAGCAACUGGAAGACAAUCAGCUAACAGUGGAUUUAUCUUUACUUCUGAAUCAGUGGUUUCCAACGCCUCUACACUGUCAUCCAUAAAAAUGAAACUACUGUAUGUUCAGUUCACAAAUUGGCUGAUUUUUUUUUUUUUCCCCCCCUCUGUUUUACUUGAUUAAUUUUCUAGAGUGUGGCAGAAAUGAAAUAUUGUUUAUAUAUCAUAUAAUAUUCUGUUUUUCCAUCCUGUUAAUCAUCUUGCACUCCCUCAAAUAAAUUUCGUGCUCCUCGGGUCCUGACCCACCGGCCUGAUCAGUAGUAGAUGUGUCAGGCCGAUAAUGAUAAUGUUACAUCAGCCAACUCUAAUUUUUACCUACGUUGAGUAUUUUUCAAUAGGUUCCUUUCAAAAUAUGAUUCUAAUGAAUGUGUGGCCAAGACGUAUACCAAGCGGUACAAUGUACAGGCGUAAAAACAAACGUGUCAGACCUCUCUCGUUUACACACUAUAGAGCAAAUGUAAUGGAGACAGUGUCCCUAACUUGUCUUUGGCCUUUCUGCGAUUUCUUGCUACUAUCAGCCGUCGAAAUGUGCCGAUACUGAUUUAUCUGCAACAAUCUAUUACAGGCUGAUUUUAUAUAUAUAUAUAUCCACGGUCAAUUUAUGGGUCAGGCUCUAGUCUGGAUUAUUAUUGUGAGGGAGACAGCUUGCAAAAGGAGCUUUGAGUGAAAGUUUCCUCCCACGUACAUAUUUCUCCAAUGGUGUGCUAACCUGAAGGUGGAGAAACUCUGCACCCACCAGGCCGCAGUGCCGAUAUAUAUUCUGUGUAAUGAGAAAAACAUUCUGAUGAGGGAAUGACGUAGAAAUUGAUCACCUACGGAACAAUGUUGCCAGUGUGAAGCCCCUCCGUCAGGGGCUGUAUUGUAUAUGUCUAUGGGAACAUGUGGAGACUCUACUGUAGAUGUAUAUAACUGUACAAGCUUUUUAACGGUUGAUUACACGCCAGGUAUUUUAACCCAAAUAAUGUGAAACGACAUUCAGCACUCUACUGUCUUUGCAUUUUUUUUCCCUACAGUAGCCAAAUACCGUCUGAUAAAUUUCCUUCCUAACUUGUAUGAAGAGCAUUUUACUCCACAACCUACUGUUUGUUAAACCACUGUUGUAUUCCUAAUGAAUAACUUUUGUACAAUAUUUUAAACAUAAAAGUAUAACCUAUAUAUUAUACUUCUAAUUGUGAAUUAAUAUUUUUAAUUAUUUGUAUAAUAAUUUCACUGCUACAAGUUUCUUAAAUGUUUGCUAGUAAAUCAA